AUGAAGCAGAGUGUGUUUGGAACUUUCAUUAGGUGGUUUGCAACUAAGCCAAAGCCGAAAAUGAAACCUAUAGAGCUGAAGGAUCCACCCGAGCAAACCCAGACCAUAACGAGAGCGAUUUUCGACGUCGUGAAGGAACACGGCCCUCUCACUGUUUCAGAAACCUGGGAAAAGAUCCAGGAAGUUGGUUUAAAAGGGUUGACAGGGAAAAGGCACAUGAAGAUAGUACUGAGAUGGAUGCGGGAGAGGCAAAAGAUUAGGCUCAUAUGCAAUCACGUCGGACCUCACAAGCAGUUCCUUUACACAACUUGGUUCACGAAAUCUCCCAUUAGGCCAGUCAGGCGGCCACCAACCAAUCCUUCACAGCCUAAGUUCCCUUGA